AUGUCAAAGAAGUUGACACCAGACAAACCUUGCAAGCGACAAAUUCCAGAAUCGAGUUCUCCUAGUACAACAUCUGAGAAAGUGCAAAAGACGGAUGAUGAUAAUGGUGGUGAUUCGUUGGAAGAUGUUGAACCACAACCUGGACCAUCAGGAAUUUCUAAGCCGACAGUUCAAUCAGUGCCACAUCGAAGAAAAAUGCUGCAGCCAAAGAAAUUUAUAGAAAGUGAUGAGGAUGUUAACUAUGAGUUAAAACGUGAAAUAACCUUAAGUGAAUUGUUACUGCGACGUGAGCCUUUAUUUGUUGACACGCCACUUCCACCAGAAAUCGACAAGGACCUUGAGGCAAUGACACUUGAUCCCUCUCAGGAGAGAGAACCGGAACCUUUGCAGGAGUGGAUAGAGCAAGCAGUUCGGCAGAAGUCACGGCAAUCAUCACGGAAAAGACCACAGCAGUCAUUUCAGCCGAGGUCACAGCAAUCAUCACAGAGGAGGCCACGACAACCACUUCAGCCGAAGUCACAGCAAUCAUCGAAGAGGAGACCGCAGCAAUCAUUUCAGGCGACACCAGAGCAGUCAUUACAAACGUGGCCAUGGGAAUCAUGGCUACAGCAAUCAUUCCAGGCAAGGCUACAGCAACCUUUUCAAGCGUCGCCACAGCAGUCAUUACAAACGUGGCCGUGGGAAACAUGGGAGAGGCCACUGCAAUCAUUACAGGAAGGGCCACAGCAAUCAUUGCAGGAGAGGUCACAACAAUCAUCACAGGAGGGGUCACAACAAUCAUUACAAGAGAGGUCACGGCAACCAUUGCAGGAAAGGCCACUGUAUUCAUUACAGGAAGGGCCACAGCAAUCAUUGGAGGAGAGGUCACGGCAACUAUUUCAGGAGAGGCUACAACAGUCAUUACAGGAAAGGCCACAACAAUCACUACAGGAGGGAUCACAGCAAUCAUUGCAGGAAAGGUCACGGCAACUAUUUCAGGAGAGACUACAACAAUCAUUACAAGAGAGGCCACAACAAUCAUUACAGGAGAGACCACAACAAUUAUUACAGGAGAGAUCACAGGAAUCACAGGAGGGGUCAUGGGAAGCAUGGUUUCAGUUGCAGGAGGAGAUACAACUAUCAUUACGGAGGACAUUACGGCGACCAUUUCAGGAGAGGCCACAUGAAGGAAAUAUCCAGGAACCACGUCGUGAUUAA